GAGGGAACAGAUUAGGGUUUGAUCGAUAAUGGAUCAGCAAGAAGAAACAACCGAACAAAUCAACAAAAAAAGAAGAAUACAAUCAACAUUAUCUUUUCCUCUCGAUCUCAUCUCAGAGAUACUCUCAAAGCUGCCUGCAAAAUCUGUUGGCAGGUUUCGUUGUGUUUCAAAGCUCGGGUCAUCAAUCACUACCGAUCCAUACUUCAUCAACAAGUUUGAAACUCGGUCCACAAAAGAGAAGCAAAGUCUUCUUGUCACUUUCAAAAGAGGUGACAGGUUGUUUGUUUUCUCGAUUCCGCAAGACCGCCAGUCUUCAGACGAGCCUCAUACAAUUCCUUCUCAGGCUGUUCACAGUUAUAAUAUGACAUACCCAAAAUCAUGUAGCUUCAUGCCUGGGGUAUCUGUCCACGGCUUGAUCUGCUGCUUUCGACGAGCAAAGAAACUCAUAUUCUGGAACCCUACAACGAGAAAGUUGUACACCCUAACCAAACCCGAAAAAAGCUGGAAGUAUGCAAGAUUCUUAUUGGGAUAUGAUCCAACUGAUGCUAAAUACAAAGUUUUGUGCAUUCGUUUUGAUGAAACCACUGACGAGGGUUCUGUUUUAACAUUGGGAUCAGCUCAAGAAUCAUGGAGAAGGAUCAAAACCAACCAUAAGCAUUGUGUUAACCCUUAUCCUGCCCACCAAUGCACUAACGGCUAUAUUUAUUAUAUAGCUUAUACUGACAAGACAGAUAGAAUUGGCUUUAUAAUGAGCUUUGAUGUCAGAUCUGAAAAGUUCCAUAUGAUAAAAUUUCCGUGGAAUGAUAUAAGGGAGUGUCGUGUAGUCAUAUAUCAGGGAAUGUUGGCUUGUCUUAGAAUUAAUCAUCCAGAUGGCAUGACAUUGUGGAUUUUACAGGAUGCAGAGAAACAUGUUUGGUCUCCUAAAAACUUUCUUGCGCCUUUUCAUUACUAUGAUCAGAGUUUGAAACUAGCUUGCAACUUAAUUGAUAUCACGGAUGCAGGCGAGAUUGUUUAUGUACCAGUAGGGUGUUCCAAAUCGUUUUAUGUUAUAUAUUAUGAUCCGAAGAGAAACAAGUAUCACAGAGUUGAGCAUAAAGGAAUCGCAGACUAUGAAUCAAGGCUCAAGAAUGGACUUGUAAAAAGUCGUCUGUUUAAAAUCCCUAUUGUCUCCAAUCACAUAGAGAGUCUCAUGUCUCUUUAACACUUGGAACGAUUUCUUUCUUUUUUUAAUCACCGGUAGAAUGUUGCUUACUUUAUGCAAUUUCUUAUUAUUUUUAUUUUUCUUA